AUUUGUCCUUUAGCACUCGAGAGAUAUUACUAUUAUUAUAAUUAUUAUUAUUAUUAUUAUUAUCAAUAUAGAGGAAGAGCUGCAGCCAUGGCCUCCAUGCUGGGGGCCUUCGUGAACGACUUCUUCACAUACGAGACGACCAAGUCUGUGGUGGUCAAGAGUUGGUCGGUGGGCAUAGUCAACCGCAUCAUCCAGCUGCUCAUCAUCAUCUACUUCGUCGGCUACGUGUUCCUCUACGAGAAGGCGUACCAGCAGAACGAUACCGGGGUCGAGUCCUCCGUGAUGACCAAGGUCAAGGGCUUCGGUUACCAGGACAACCAGGUCCAGGACACGGCCGACUAUGUCUACCCCCCCCAGGGCGCUGGUGUGUUCUGCAUUAUCACCAAGGUCAUCGUCACGGACAACCAGACGCGGGGCCUGUGUGAAGAGCCAUCCCUGGACUGCGCCAACCACACAGACUGCGAGGCGUUCUACGGCAACAACCUGGUCAACGGUGCAGUAACAGGCAGGUGUCACAAGAAUUUCAACGCAUCCGAGGGGAAAUGUGAGAUCCGAGGCUGGUGUCCCGCGGAGAAGAAGAGCUUCCCAAGAGAACCGAUGGUCGAUGUGAACAACUUCACCAUCUUCAUCAAAAACAGCAUCCGGUUCCCCAUGUUUGAUGUCACACGGGGUAAUUUCCCGCAGCACAUGACCUCCAAGGAGAUCAAGAGCUGCUCCUACCAUCCGGUCCGCAGCCCCCUCUGCCCCAUAUUUCGUGUGGGGGACAUCCUCAACUCCACCGGCCAGGAUGUCCACACCCUCGCCACCAUGGGAGGAGAGAUCGGCAUCAACAUCGCGUGGCGGUGCGACCUGGACUGGGACGAGGAGCACUGCAGGCCGCAGUACUCCUUCACCCGGCUGGAUGCACCCUUCAGCCACAACAGCGUCUCCAAGGGCUACAACUUCAGGUUUGCUCGAUACUACAAGAAGGAGGACGGUCAGGACUACAGGACGCUGUUCAAAGCCCAUGCAAUCCGCUUUGACAUCAUGGUCACUGGCAAUGCGGGGAAGUUCAGCACCGUUCCGACGCUGAUCAACACGGUGGCCGCCCUCACCUCCAUCGGCCUGGGGACGGUGCUUUGUGACAUCAUCCUGCUGAACUUCAUGAAGGGCGCUGACCAGUACAAAGCUAAGAAGUUUGAGGAGGUGUCGGAGGCUCAGAUUGAAGCCUCCAUUACUCAGAGCCAAGGCAGCCAGCUGUCACUCAAACAAGAAACCAAGACCCUGUGUGACUCGGGGGCCGUCUCUCUGUCCAAUGACCUGCUCCCCUGA